AUGGCUGUCAAACCCACACCAAGUCCCACGCCGAGAGGUACUCCGAGACUAGAAUUAUUGUUUAUUGGCGGAACCAAGGUUGCUGUAGGAGAACUAUUUGUCGUUGUGGUUGUCGAAGGUGUCGCUAUUGAAGACAUGAUCGUCGAAGAUGUCGCUGCCGGAGACGUUGUGGCGAAAGAUGCUGUCGAUACAUCCAAGGCCAAUAACGGUACACCUCCGCCUCGUGCACAAUCGCACCCUGCAUCGUGA